UCCACUUGUGACUAUAUAAUCAUGAGUUCUUGACCAUUGGGAGCAUUCUUUCCCUACACCAAAUAAACAUUUUUUUCUUCCUUGCCAAGAAGAAACUUUGGCGAAUGCAUUAAAAAUGAUAGAUCAGGUUGAGAAUCACAAAAAGCGUUUCAUGCCUCGUCAGAAGGUGCAUGUUGAGGUCAAACAUACAAUGCCACCGCAGAAGAUUGAGAUAUUCAAAUCCUUGGAGGAAUGGGCUGAGAACAACCUUCUAAUCCAUCUCAAACCAGUUGAGAAAUGUUGGCAACCCCAAGAUUUUCUUCCAGAUCCCACAUCCUCUGAUGAAUUUGAUGAGCAAUUCAAAGAACUAAGGGAAAGGACAAAGGAGAUUCCUGAUGAUUACUUUGUUGUUUUGGUUGGUGAUAUGAUCACAGAAGAAGCCCUUCCAACUUACCAAUCAUUUCUUAAUUCUUUAGAUGGAGUUCGUGAUGAAAUAUGUGCUAGCCUUACUUCAUGGUCAAUUUGCACAAGGGCAUGAACGGCUGAAGAAAACAGGCAUGGUGAAUAAAAAGACUAAAAAUGAGUAAUAUUAGUCAGUUGAACUGAAUAACAGUGUAGAAGAAUUAAUCUGUUCAGGAUUUCAAGGUUUAAGGAUUUAUGACAAAUAUCGUUGUGCGAAGUUAUUGGUUAUGCAAGUCUGGUCAAUAUUUGGUCACUUUCCCCUCUGCUUUUCCGCCUGCUGGUGUUAAUAUAUUGUUAAUAGACAUAAUUCCCCAUGGAAGCCUUAUAGGCAGAAAUGUAAAAAGCCAUUUGAUGUGAACAACUUUUAAAUGGGCUCUAGUAAUAACUGAAGUUUGCUUGGGUCAAAAGUUAAUUGCGUCAAUAUUUGAUAAUCCAACUUGAUUAUCUUGAAACUUCUAAUGCAGGCAAGGAGAAGUUUUAGAGCUUUGAAAGGCCUUGUGAGGCUUCAAGGAGCUGUGAGAGGUCAGAAUGUGAAACGCCAAACUAUGAAUGCCAUGAAGUAUAUGCAGCUUUUGGUGCGAGUUCAGUCUCAGAUUCAGUCACGCAGGAUCCAGAUGUUAGAAAACCAAGCACGACGGCAGGCUCAGUUCAAGAAUGAUAAGGAAGUGGAGAGUAC